AUGGCUUCCCUUGUCGCAAAGGUCGUAAGCAAGAAGAUUCUGGGGGAGGGCCUGCAGAACAAGUUUGGCACCGAGGACCCUUAUUUCGAGCAUGUUCCCGCCACUCGACUUGAUGGGAGGCCCACGGGCAAGUUCAAGAAGCGCAAGAAGGCUCUGCCCCCCGGCAUCUCGGAGCACGAUGGAAAGGUCUUGACCAAGGUCAAGAGGCGAGCAUACCGCCUUGAUCUGGCGCUAUGCAGUUUCCUUGGCAUUCGCUUCGGCUGGGGCAGUGUCAUUGGACUGGUUCCUGCCAUCGGAGACGCCUUGGACACCUUCAUGGCCCUGAUGGUCUUCAAAACUUGCUGUCAGGUCGAGGGAGGCCUCCCAAACGCCACCAAGAUGUACAUGAUCUUCAACAUUGCCCUUGACUUCGGCAUCGGCCUGGUGCCCUUCCUCGGCGACCUCGCUGACGCCGCCUUCAAGGCCAAUUCUCGCAACGCCCUGCUACUGGAGCAGCACCUGCGCGAGAAGGGCAAAAAAGAACUGCGAAAGAGCGAGGAAGCCCGGGUUCGCGGCGGCGGGGGUGGCUGGUUCGGCCGCAACCAAACCCGCCCUCACGACAUCGAGAGGGGACCGGACGACGACAGACACGCCAGAGCGCCGGCAACAAAAGGGCAGCGCAGGGGCGCGAGAUAA